UUGAGUGUGGACGGACAAUACACCAUCUUAUAAGUGCCAUAAGCACGUGGGGGAGGGGAGAGGACGUAUCCGGGGGGUGAUAAUCAAAAUAUCGCCUCCAGUAUCUCACAUUAAAGCGGGGAAGUAACAACAUUAGCUGGAGUAAUCGGAGAGAUUGAAAAGCUGAACAUGGAGGAUAAAGUGGAACACGGACACAGAAGGACAAAUAAACCCCUUAUGGAAAAGAGAAGGAGGGCGCGGAUAAACAUGUGUUUGGGAGAGUUGAAAAACCUCGUCCUCCUGGCCAUGAACAAAGAUAACUCACAAUUUUCGAAGCUAGAAAAGGCGGAUAUCUUGGAAAUGGCAGUGAAAUAUCUACGGCACGUGCAAAAUGUGUCCAUGGCAACGGCGGCUGUGGAAUCGACAGUGAUGGCCAAAUACCAGAUGGGAUAUGGGGAGUGUGCACGCGAGGUGAUGCUGUGCCUUGGUCAGAAUCAACACGUGGACCAGGAAUUACGCAACAGAAUCUCCAAUCACCUGACCAAAUGUUUGUUCAACGUGCACACGGCUCAGUCACAGGCAAUGGCAAUGCGCAACUUCCCGUCUCUUCCGGUAGAACAUCAACCAAUCGGAUGUACUCGUGUUGGAGCGCCAGCUAUGGGAUUACGUUACCCUGGGCCUUCUCCAAUCAGAAUGAACUACGAAAGUAAUGUCUUGCCAGGCGUUGUAAAACUGGAACCCAAUGGCCAGUUCGAGCCACAGAACCUUUCACUGAGAUACAUGACGAAUACUUCAACUGAGAGUGUUAAAACAGAACCGUUACCGGACCAAAGAGAUAAUAACUAUGUGAGGAAGUUUGCGUUUAAUCCAGCACCAGUUUCCACGGCAACUAAAAUUUCGUCUACAUCCGUGGUUUCUGGUGUUAGGUCGUCGCCAGUUCCUUUCACACCAGAAAAACCUACCCCAUUUUCUUCUUCACAAGCUAACGGAAAAUGUACGGGAGUUAAACGCCGACUCAGUGACGAUGGAAAUUUUUCAUCAGGGCAUUGUCAUUCCGCCGCUAAAAUGGCUACGAACGAGCAACGCCCGUCACCAGGUUGUUCCACUGCGUCAAAUAGACCUAUGGAUGAGUCAGUUUGGCGGCCAUGGUAAAAUAGAUAACCUAUAUAUUUGAAUAUAUUUACAAUAUAUUCCUUGGAUUAUGAAAGAAAAUCAUAUUUACUGCGAUCUAUUUAACCUUAAACUUCUCUAUAAAUAUACCAAUGAAUGGAAAUACCUUAUUUCUUUAGACUUUAUUCAGUAUUAUCACAAAGGUGCUCGGAAAUAUUUAAAGCUCAAAUUGAAAGUUAUCUCAUAUCGUCUUUGCUACGUUUAUUUUCUCACAUUCAGUCUUGUUUGAUAUUAUGUUGAAGCUUGUUGUUUACAUACAUUAAAGUUUAUCUCU